UGUUCGUCCGGCCGUCGCUCCAACAAUGCAGCUUUUAAUGGAGCAGUGAGCGGUGCGGGCUGAAAACGCAGCACCGCCGCAGGCUUGUCCGGAGACUGUAGCCGUACGAAUUCCACUCAACGGAGGUUUUUACGGUUUGACAAAACCCGCCGAGCGGCUGUGACUCAGUUUUAUAGGACACCCCGGACUCUUCUGCUGAGGUUUCUGUAUUAAGCAAAAGGAGGAGGUGUUUCCUGAGGCUCCAUCUCUAGAGGAUUUUCUGAUGAGGAAUCAGAAAAUGAACACAUCCCAGAUAGAAACGACUGGCCCACCCAGCUAUCUCACUAACCUGUGAGCAGCCAUGUCCUCCCAGCAUUACCCAUCAAGGGGCCCCCCUCCCCAGUUGCAGGACUGUUUUCUGACAUAGAUUUGGAAGAAUAGCAAAAUCUCAUCAUUGAAAUGGCAUUAGGUUGUGUGGGCUAUAACACAUCAGAGAACAUAUUAGAGUACAGGUGAGGCCGAAUUCCUUGCCAGUACCCACAGGACCCUCAAGAGGAGGUAAACAGCCUCAGAUGACCUUUACAGAAGGACAGAGCUACAUCCGAGCUUUGAUGAUUUAGUAUCCAUCCCACUGCCUUGCUGACAAGGUCGACCAUGGCUGCUGCUAAUCCCCAUAGCAACGGUUCUUAGAGGGGCGAGGAGCAGACUGAGAGAGUCAAAAAUGCAGCGUAACGGUGGUGGAGUGGGUGCUGCAGGCCAGCCAUGGGUGUUACGGCGUGUGCGUCUCACGUGGCUCAGUUUUAUGCUCUUCUUUAUCCUGGUCUUCUUCCCGCUCAUUGCCCACUACUACCUCACUACCAUUGACGAAGCUGGAGGUCCUGAUAAGCGCAUCUUUGGGCCGCGGCCUGGCGGUGAACUGUGCGAAGCCAAACAUGUGCAGGAUCUUUGCCGCAUUCGCGAGUCAGUCAGCGAGGAGCUGUUGCAGCUGGAGGCCAAGAGGCAGGAGCUCAACGGGGAGAUCGCUCGACUCAACUUGCGCAUUGAGGCCUGCAAGCGCAGCAUUGACAGCGCCAAGCAGGAUCUGCUGCAGCUGAAGAAUGUCAUCAGCCAGACAGAGCAUUCCUAUAAAGAACUAAUGGCCCAGAACCAGCCCAAGCUGUCACUGCCUGUAAGGUUGCUGCCGGACAAGGAAGACCCAGGACUGCCACCACCCAAGUCUGCACGCUACUGCCGCCUGCGGUCCUGCUUCGACUAUGGUCGCUGCCCUCUUACAUCUGGGUUUCCUGUGUAUGUCUAUGACGCAGGCUCCUAUCCAUGGGGGGACUAUCUUGACCCACUGGUGAAGCAGGCUUUUGCAGCAUCAGUUAAGAGUAACAUUUAUGUUACGGAUAACCCCAGCAUUGCCUGUCUGUAUUUGGUACUGGUAGGGGAGCUACAUGAGUCCUCCUCCUCCCCACUACCAUCUCCUUCAGAGCUGGAGAAGCAACUAAAAACUCUUCCUUACUGGAGAUCUGAUGGACACAACCAUGUACUGGUGCAUCUGUCUAGAAAGUCCAUGACACAGAACUUCCUGUAUAAUGUGAGCACAGGACGAGCAGCAGUCGCUCAGUCCACCUUUUUGGAGCAGCAGUACCGUGAGGGCUUUGACUUGGUUGUGUCCCCACUUGUUCAUGCUCUCUCAGAACCAAACUUUUUGGAAGUACCCCCUCAAGUUCCUGUAAAGAGGAAAUACCUCUUCACCUUCCAGGGGGAGAGGGUGGAGUCACUGAGGAGCAGCUUACAGGAGGCGCCCCCUCAGUCUUUUGAGGAGGAGAUGGAAGGAGACCCACCAGCCGACUACGAUGAUCGCAUUAUUGGUACCUUAAAGGCUGUGCAGGACAGCCACUUGGAUCAGGUGCUGGUUGAGUUCACUUGCAAGAACCCACGGCCUAGUUUGCCGACUGAGUGGGCUCUUUGUGGUGAGAGGGAGGACAGGCUGGAGGUGCUCAAGGCUUCUACUUUUGCCCUGGUGAUCGCUCCAGGAGAUGGACAGCUGGUGGCCUCAGCAGGCUGUGGUAUGAGGCUUUUUGAGGCCCUAGAAGUGGGUGCCAUCCCAGUUGUGUUGGGGGACCACUCGAGGCUACCUUACCACCAGUUUAUUCGCUGGAGUGAAGCUGUCAUUAUAGUCCCCAAGCCUCGUGUCACAGAGCUACACUUCCUGCUGCGCAGCCUAUCAGACAAUGAUUUGCUAGCUAUGAGGCGGCAGGGCCGCUUCCUGUGGGAGAACUACUUCUCCACCUCAGAGAAUGUUCUCAAUACCAUCCUGGCCAGCAUCAGAACCAGCAUCCAGGUUCCUGCUGCACCCAUCAAAGAGGAGCCGGCCUAUGAGAUUCCUCACAAAGCUGGGAAGCUGGCAGGAACCGAUGCCAACCUGGCUGACAACGGUGAUCUGGAUUUGGGUCCUGUUGAGACAGAGCCCCCGUACGCUUCUCCACGCUUUCUCCGCAACUUCACAUACACAGCUGCAGACACCUAUAGAGCAUGGAACCGGGCCCCCGGGCCUUUCCAUCUGUUUCCUCACACUCCUCUAGACCCUGUCCUGCCAUCUGAAGCGAAAUUCCUUGGCUCCGGUACUGGUUUCAGGCCUAUAGGUGGAGGUACGGGAGGCUCGGGGAAGGAGUUUCAGGCAGCCUUGGGAGGGAACGUGCCGCGAGAACAGUUCACCGUGGUCAUGCUGACAUAUGAGAGGGAGGAGGUGCUGAUGAACUCCCUGGAGAGGUUGAAUGGACUGCCGUACCUCAACAAGGUAGUGGUGGUGUGGAAUUCGCCCAAGCCUCCUUCAGAUGACCUGUUGUGGCCCGACAUAGGCCUGCCCAUUGUGGUUGUCCGCACAGAGAAAAACAGCCUCAACAACCGCUUCCUUCCCUGGGAUGCCGUGGAAACCGAAGCCAUCCUGUCAAUUGAUGAUGAUGCUCAUCUCCGCCAUGAUGAGAUCAUGUUUGGGUUCAGAGUGUGGCGUGAGGCCAGAGAUCGCAUCGUGGGUUUCCCCGGGAGGUAUCAUGCGUGGGACAUCAACCAUCAGUCAUGGCUCUACAACUCCAACUACUCCUGUGAGCUCUCCAUGGUCCUGACAGGGGCUGCUUUCUUCCAUAAGUACUACGCCUAUCUGUACUCAUACGUGAUGCCCCAGGCCAUCAGGGACAUGGUGGACGAGUACAUAAACUGCGAGGACAUCGCCAUGAACUUCCUGGUCUCUCACAUCACCCGCAAACCACCCAUCAAGGUUACGUCUCGUUGGACUUUCCGCUGUCCCGGCUGCCCUCAGGCCCUUUCACACGAUGACUCGCAUUUCCACGAGCGCCACAAGUGCAUCAACUUCUUCGUCAAAGUGUACGGCUACAUGCCACUGCUGUACACACAGUUUCGUGUGGACUCCGUGCUGUUUAAGACUCGUUUACCCCAUGAUAAGACUAAGUGCUUCAAGUUCAUCUAGCAUUGGGCUGAGCGGCCCAGCAAAGAGCCAAAAGCCGAGUGGAUUGAAGGACUGGAAGUAUUUAAAGAGAGCAGCAGCUCCCACUGAGCAGCGAGGAGGAUGGAUGGAUGGAUGGACGGACGGACAGCCAGAUAAAUGCACAGAAGGAAAGUAUUGGGCUGGGAUUUUGCCCGGGGGGACAGACAAGUUAACCUGCUGUUGGUCUAAUCCACAACUCUACUGAAAAUUUGAAGAGUGGAAGCUGAAAAGGACCGCUGCCAACAAAAUAGGCCUUUUCAGUGGAUGUCACUCCUCCUGUUUCAUGUUCUUCAAUCAUGCUCAAUCAUUAACCACUACAGAUGUCAUUGGCACCUCCAAACGGCCUGCUGAGGAAAGAGGGCGGUUGUACACAGUGUACAGAAACUCUCCCAGGAUAAACUCUACCUGACAAUGGAGCGAUCACUUAGUGAAUCACUGACAGACUGAUGUCAGGCUGCGUUCGGCUCAGCAGCCUGUUGACAGUUUCAGCUCGGAGACCAGAAGUGACAAUGGCACGUGGCUGCCGCUGCGCUUUUCUGUUUGUUUUCCAUUUUACAGUUACAAACUGUACUUCUUGUACAUGUAUGUGAAAGAAGCACUGAUGGUCAGAAAUAUUUUAUUGAACAAAGUUUUUUUUUUUUUUUUUUUUAAAUAAUGUCAUUUAAAUGUGUAAAACUAUGUGGAACGAACAUUUUCCAGAACCUCUGCCUGUGGGACACAGAUUUAGUCUGAGAACGAGACAGGACCUCAACUGGAGAGUAAAAUAAGUCGGCCCGAUCAUGUUCAGUAGUGUUACGUGCUCAACAAGGUAUUUCAGUUCAGCGGUCACCAUAAUGCCUGAAAUUUGUCAUGAAAACCAGCCACCAUUUUGUCAUUUUGUUAUGCCCACCGGCACUCCGCUACUCUGCUACUCUUUGAGUGUUUACAAAUGGCCUUUUUAUUCUUUAGGGUAUCUACUAAUGUUUGUAAAACUGGUCCAAGGUCGACCAAUCAACUGUUACGGUUUCCCUUACUGAAGUUAAACAAAGUCAAGAAUCACAGCUGCCAAAAUUUACAAAAAUCGGUUUUGAUUUAUGAUUAAGAUUGUAAUUAUGCAGACAGUCUCCAAUUAAGUUAAGUGUACCAUUAGGAUUAUGUUAAAAAUAUUAUGUUUAAAGGGGAAAACAUAUGCUUAUUUGCAUUCUGGCAAAGAGUCGGACGACAUGAUUGAAAGCUACCAUUCUCGAAUCUGUCCGUUAAAUAUGAACCUACAGCCAGCAGGCAGUUGGCCUAGCCUAGCUUAGCACAAAGACUGGAAACGGAGGGAAUCAGCUAGCUUGGCAACCUAGCAGUACCUCUAAAGAUCACUAAUCAACCUUUUGUAUCGUGUUGGUUUAAUCCAUAGAGAAAAGCAAGUGUAAAAAUGACAGUGAUUAAACAAAUGAGGUAUAAAGUGUUAAUAUUUGAACUUUGGGGGUCCUUGUUUCCAUCUUUAUGCUAAGCUAAGCUAACUCACUUUAUAUUUUACAAAUAUGAGAGCGAUAUUAAAGUUCUCAUCUAACUCUCAACCAGAAAGCAAAUAAAAGUAUUUCCCAAUUUUUUUUUUUAAUUAUUCUGUUUAAGAAAUGGCCAGUUCUGGCUUUGCAUCAGAAUUAUUAGAUAUGUCCUGCCAUGUUCAAGUUACCCCUCUGUAUACGAACUUUCCCAGCUCAGACAGAACCGUCAAUUUAUAGUGUCGCUAUAUUGGUUUCACUUUGUUUUUUGUUUUUGUUUUUUUUACCAUUGCUAAUGAAUGUUUCCUUUGCCAAACAGGUACGAUGUCUGCUGCUUUCCAGCAUAAUUUGCAGGGUGCACAAUGGUUGCUAAAGGGAUCCAGUCUGGUACACCUUUAUCCACUCUGCAUGGUACUUUACCAGGAGUCAACCCAUUGGAGCCCAAACCAUCAUGUAUUAUAAAUCCAAAGUCCUUUAUUUGACCUUGUCAGACUUAAAAUUCCAGUAAUCUGAACAAGGGAUCGGCCUAAAAAGAUCCCUUUUUAAAGAGAUAUUUAGAUUAGUGUCUUGUUUCUAACUGUUCUACAAAAACUCCAUAGUUCCUGUAUAUUUAUUGAAUAUAUUAUGAAAAAAAGGUUCUUUUUCAGACUGAUAAUGACAAAUGCAAUAAAAUGACAAGACAUUGUAGUUUAUUAUUCCUAAUAACAAAUAGCUCCCAACCUGAUUGAGCCGUCAGCUUAUUUAAUUUCCAAGGAAAACUAGCUUGUGCCACUGAGUGCUUGAGGGGAACUGUCCUGACCUGAGAGCAGCACUUAGGCAGGCAAAGGUGUGUAAAACUGGGGGCACCACGACGACCUGGUCGGCCUAUAAGUAGAAUGUCAUAAAUUGGGCUUCUGAAAGAGCCAGUGGACACUGGUUGAAGUGUCUUUGAAGCCAAAUCCCUACCUGUUCCCAGUGGCUACACUUUAUGCCGCUGCACCGGAUUCGAAAAACCAGCUUGGCUUCUCAGACACUCGUCACAUCUCAGUAUUUUUAUUGGAGCUCCAGGGGCCUCAUAAUUACCUUGCUGACUCUAAACCUGUCCUCAGGGCACAGUUUGGCUCAGCUGGUAUUUUGGAAGUAAAAACCUCCCCGUUCCCCCAGUCAGUGGUUCCCCCGCCCCUCUAGGAUCUGUGGCACAGCUGGUUUUCCGUGGCCUAAAGCAGGAAACAUUUCCCUGGAAGGCCGCAGUUACUCUGCUAGGUGUAAGGAGGUGUGAAACUAUGUGCUCUCGGGUCUGAUCCACAACUGUGGGCGAGGCUCCGGCCACCUGCAACGCUGCUUGCGCUGUGCCAGACUGAUGACUGAUGGCAGCGUCAAACAUACCAUUGAAGGCCAGAUGAAUGGAAAUAAAAA